GGUACAAGAUUUUUCUUCACUCUACCAAAAGUUUCAUUCGAUAGAUGGACACAUCAAUCUCCACCAUUGCCUUCAAUUUGAGUUCAUCUUCUCUACUUCUGAUCAAGCAGGUCAACUUUAAUGUCAAUCAACAAUUUGUCUACACUCUACAUCAAUAAAUAGACGUGAUCCAACACCAUUUAUCAUUCAAAAAAUUAUCUCACUUCCAAGUUUAGUUUAUUUAAACUUUAAUAUAGCAACCGUUUGUUCUUUCUUUCUUUCUUAUUGUGACAUAAACUAGUUUUUCUGAAGUCUUCAUCUUCUGGUUACCAACAUGAGCAUAGCUCAAUCUAGUGUUUCUCCGACUGGUUGUGGUGGCCGACGGAUGGUUAACCUAACCUUAAACGUGUUCACCGGGCGGUGGUUCAUGAUGUUCGCCUCGUGUCUCAUCAUGUCGGUCGCCGGAGCAACUUACAUGUUUGCUCUAUACUCAGGGGACAUUAAACACUCCCUUGGGUAUGACCAAAGCACCCUUAAUCUUCUUAGCACAUUCAAAGAUUUGGGUGGCAAUGUCGGGAUCAUAUCCGGUUUGAUUAAUGAAAUAUCUCCCCCAUGGGUGGUCUUGUUACUAGGCGCGGUUAUGAACUUUUCGGGGUAUUUUAUGAUUUGGUUGGCGGUUACGAGGAAGAUCGCCAAACCGCCCGUGUGGCAAAUGUGUUUGUACAUUUGUAUUGGGGCGAAUUCGCAAACGUUUGCGAAUACGGGCGCCUUGGUCACGUGUGUUCAAAAUUUUCCCCAGAGUAGAGGGGUGGUGUUGGGGCUUUUAAAGGGGUUUGUUGGGUUAAGUGGUGCGAUUAUUACACAAUUGUAUCAUGGGUUUUAUGGGUAUGAUACCAAGUCACUUAUUUUGUUUAUUGGGUGGCUUCCGGCCGCGGUAUCCAUCGUGUUUCUUCGGAUUGUUCGGGUUAUGAAAGUGGUUCGACAAACAAACGAGCUCAAGACGUUCUAUCAGUUAUUGUAUCUUUCGUUGGGGUUAGCCGGGUUUCUUAUGGUUGUGAUCAUUACGCAAAACAAACUCCAGUUUUCGGAGUUUGCGUAUGCCGCAACUGCUACCGUUGUUGUGAUUCUACUGUUCGCUCCGGUCGGUAUAGUGGUUAGAGAAGAGUUUAAGAUCUGGAGAAGAAAGGAAGAGGUAGUUAAUCUUAAUCAUAUCGCGGUUAAUAUAACCGCGGAGAACCCGACUAAUGACUAUGCAACCGCGCCUCCGCAAGUGGAAAAGGAAGUUUCGUGUUGGAAAACGGUUUUUGAUCCGCCCGAAAGAGGCGAAGACUUUACUAUCCUACAAGCGGUGUUUAGCGUCGACAUGUUGAUAUUAUUCACUACCACUACGUUUGGUGUCGGUGGGACGCUGACCGCCAUCGACAAUCUCGGCCAGAUCGGGCGGUCGCUUGGGUACCCGAACACAAGCAUCACCACUUUUGUGUCUUUAGUGAGUAUAUGGAAUUACAUGGGCCGGGUUGCCUCGGGUUUUCUUUCCGAAAUGUUACUAGCCAAGUACAAGUUUCCCCGCCCAUUGAUGCUCACAAUAGUCCUUUGCGUCUCAUGUAUCGGUCAUUUGUUGAUUGCAUUCGGUGUACCGAAUGGGCUCUAUGUGUCAUCGGUCAUAAUGGGCUUUUGUUUCGGGGCUCAGUGGCCGUUGAUCUUCGCUAUCAUAUCCGAACUAUUCGGGCUGAAAUACUACUCUACUCUUUAUAAUUUAGGCGGUGGGGCGAGCCCUCUAGGGGCGUACAUCCUCAAUGUGGUGGUGGCAGGACAACUAUACGACAAAGAAGCGCAAAAACAAUUAACCGCAAGCGGAGUGACACGAAAAAGUCAUGAAGAAAUAACUUGUACAGGAGUAGAUUGUUACAAAAUGUCUUUCCUUAUUAUAACGGGUGCAACGCUAUUUGCAUGUUUCAUUUCUUUCAUCUUAGUGAUCCGUACAAGAAAGUUUUACCGAAGUGAUAUCUACAAGAAGUUUCGAGAGGUUGCAGAGGCAGCCCAUACUGAGAUGGUGGUUUCACCGAGCAAACCACCAUCCGGGCCGCCUCCAGAAAGAAAAGGAGGGGAGGAAGACAAUGGUUGAUAUGUGUUAGGUAAAUUUGUAGCCAAUAUACUAUAAAAGGAAAACUGAAUGAAAGAUGUAUGUCUAAUUAAUUCUGUUGUAUAAAUUAUGUUGAUUUCCAACAUAACGGGGAAUCUUAUUAUGAUCUGUUAUGUUUUUCAAUAAAUACUUCUAAAUUGUUGUAGGAAAA